CUCACGAACCGUUUAGUUGGUUUUAAAAUGUAACUUCAUUCUGAAAAAUUCAAUUUUAUACGUACAUUUAUCUGAAUCAUAGGUACCUAUUUGAUAGUGAAGCUUUGUGAUUGUUCAUUCAACUUGACUGUUGAUCAGUUCGUGCAUCAGUAGACAGUAUUUCUCAAAAACAGUUUUAUGGUGUCAAAUAUUUUACAAGGUGCCUUGAUGGGAAUGCUCGCUUUCAUUUAUCAUCUACUGAAAUGAAAAAAAGUCGUCGACCAUCAACAGAAAAAAUGAAAAAAAUUCCAUCACGUCAGUGGACGAGUAUCCCACCAACGAUAUCCAUUCUCCUGCUAAUCACCUUUUCAACAUCGAUAUGUGCUGCUCAAACAGAAAAACUCGAAUCUUCAUUACCAGAACUGGAAUCUGAUUUCAAUUCAUUUCUAGUAUCACAAAAAUUAUCAGUAUCACCUUGCGAAAUCGGGUACGAAAAACAUCCAGCAACUGGAAAAAAACCAGCAGGACUGCAACCACAUCUUUACGAAAUGAUAAAAACCUGCCCUGCUUCGUACAACGAUUCGGAAAUGAUAGAAAAAUGUAAGACUAAUUUCGACUCGAGUCUGAUUAACGAUACCAUCGAUAUCUUUUUAUUCGCACCACUAACCAGUAUCAAGAAGAAUAUAACCUACAGAAAUCUUUACUGCGGUAUUUGUCACGAUGAAAGCAACUUACAAACUUCGUUCGAGUAUUGGACUCCUUGGUUAUCUUGCAGAGUCAAAGCUAACGAAUCGUUGUCUGACAAAGAACCUACAAUUUCCACUUACUUUGCUGAUCCAAUCGGCGAGUCGAGGUUGAGAAAUGGGUUGAAAAAAGGUAAACUUGGUGGUGGUUUGAUUUCUGCAUUCAACGAUUCGAUAUAUGAAUGUAAAAUAUCCAGAGUUUUACCGUUUCAUUUGAAACAGCAUAUACGAAAUUGUCAAUAUAAUUUCAAUCCAGAACUGUCACACAUGCAGUCAGCGAAAACCGUUUAUAGAGUUACCCAAGAAAUUACCAAACUUGUAUCAGCUCAAAAUCAAUCGUUACAAACUCGUUUGAAGUCUCGUUUGAUGAAACCUGAGAUAAAUUUGAGCUCGGAGUUGGAAUCAUUUUGCGAAUAUAAAAAUCAAUACGGAGAUAUUUGUUCGACGAAUUUGUUCUAUGAUCGAGAUACAAAUUCACUCUGCAAUUCAAAUGGUUCCUUUCUGAUUUACUCGAUCGAUGAUGAUGAAGGUACUUGGAACGAGUGUUCCGAUUAUACUUCGAAGGGGCGAAAUUACUUCUAUGUUUGUGGGCCAUCAGAUGCUCGACUUUUCAAGACAAUUAAAAGAUAUAUUAUCCUAGGCUUGGAUUACAUUUCGAUAUUUUUAUUACUCUUGUAUUUGAUAAUAAGUUCGAAUAAGCGAAACUUGCGAAAUUUACCCAAACUGAUUCUCUAUGCCUAUUCGAUCACUUUAUUCGCUCUUUAUAUGAACGAAUACCUGUCUAAAUACGUUGACUUAUGCGUGAUCAAAUAUUACUCGUUUUUUUACUGUUGGCAAUCGCAUUCAUUUUGGAUUCUAAUCACCUCCUUCGAUUUAUGGAGAAUUAUUUAUAAUUCGAUUAAACUCAGGAAAGUAUCGACCGAAGGUCAGAUGAAAAGGUUCAUCAUUUAUUGCUCCAUUGGAUGGGGCCUUCCAGCCAUAUUUCUAGCAGCCUUGUUUCCUACCUUGGAGGAUAAUCAAAAGGCUUGGAUCUGCCCUUAUGUAUUCGAAUUUCAAAACGACCUCGCAUGUUCUUCCAGCUACGAAUACAAUAAGUACGCUGGGUAUUUUGGCUGGAUCACGAUUGCCAUUUUUCUUCUCGUGGCUCCUUGUUUACUUCUGCUUGUUUGUUUAUUCGUCUGUCUGAGUAAACGUAAUCGUGCCAGGUCCAGUGUGAAUAAAAGCUAUGUGAUUACCAUGCUAAAAGUAGCCAUGAUAAUGGGAAUUAAUUGGAUAUUGUUGGUUUAUUCGGUCUUGUUUGAUUCGAGUGAUAAAUUCGGUAUUGUUUACGAGUUGAUUACAGCGUUACACGGUUCUUUUGUAUUUUUCGCUUUUGGGCUCGAGAAAAAUAAUUUAGAUAGGUUGAAAAGAAUUCCACACUUAGGAGCUUUGGAACGAACGCAAUUCGCGACUUUUACCCAAUCCAGCCAAGAGAAUAAGUCGUCUUCCGUAUUGAGUAAAGAAACUUCAAUUGAUGAUGUAGAGAAAUAACGAGAAACAGGAAAUUCACGUUUUAAUUUAAGAUAGGUAGGUAAUUCAGUAAAUAGGAAUGUUACAUUUUUGGAAACUCUCAUAAAAAUGUAGUCCGUUUUUAUAUCUGAUUAAAUUUUACUAAUCUAUUGGUAUUGGUAAUUUGUUGUAAUUUAUGUACUUGAAAUUUAGAUUAAUUCACGAUAUUUAGACUAUAAUUAUGUACUAAAGGUGUACCUAAAAAAAGUAAAAUAGUAAUUCCCAGUACAUAUCAAGCAUCGCGAAAAGUCACAGGUCUCACUAGAU